AUGAAUUCACUUGUGCAAUACGAAUCCUCUGAUGAUGAUCAAGAUAUUGACGAUCAAAAUGAACACAUUGUCAAUUCGAAACGAAAUACAUUUAGCAAUACUUCAUACGAAAGUAUAUCUAGUAUGCCAAAACUACCAUCGUUUUUUGAUAAACCAGAGUCUAGUAGAACCGAUAGCUCUUACGACCAUCAAGGGCGUGUUCGCACUGUACCGCAUCAAUACGAUAGUUGGGCCACUUAUGUCUAUUGCAAAGUUGAGCUCUCUCAUGAAUUGCUAGCGUUUCAUCCUUAUCUCAAACAUGCAGAGAUGCUUCCCGAACAACAUAUCAGCUUGAGCAGGCCUGUCUAUUUGCGAAAAUAUCAAUUGGCUCCAUUCACAAGAUCCAUCAAAGCUGCACUCCGUAAUAUAAAGAGAUUUGAUGUUUCUUUUGCUCAAGUAUCACAUCUGACAAAUGACGAAAAGACUCGAUCCUUCUUGACCUUAGAGAUAGGACACGGAUACAAUCAAUUGUUCAAAUGCAUGAAACAUGUUGACAAUGUCAUGAGAGAAUAUCAUAAGCCUGUCUUUUACAAUCCUCCUCGCUUUCAUGCAAGCAUAGCAUGGUCAUUGAAACAAUCAACAAUAGCAUCAAUCCAUAUACCACCUCAAGUUAUAGAAGAAAUUGUAGCAAAUGUAUUCAAUAUAGAUAAAGUCUAUAUCAAGAUGGGAAAUAGACUAGAAACCUUAUCGCUCGAUUAA